AUGAUUAACAAUAGAUGGAAACAAAAAAACACGUCAGAGUUACUACGGAACGGCAUCUCCAUCGCACUGAAAGCAGCAAUCGCAAUCGCAUUAAUAACAUCACUCGCUGUGACGUCAACAUCUGCAGCAGGCUUCAACAGGCAGCACAGAGUCAAGCGACAACUACCAACAUCGCCGACGACAACUACGACGACGACCAUUUCGCCGCCAAAAACAUCGGCGAUAAGAUGGAAGCCGCAAGUUUUUGUAGUUUUAAGAAAUGAAAAAUUGAACGUAUCCUUAUUCACCGUGACGUCAUCACUGAACACGAACGUUAAUUUGAAUUUCAAAUUUUCAAAUUCGUCAUCGGUGGCCAGCAGUUUAUUUUCCAUAACACCGAACGCUGGCAUCGUGAGCAAGAAGACAGAGUUUCCAAGCAGCGUCUUCAAGGUUGAUUUCGAAGUUGAAGCCAGCAACAGUGGCGUUGUUGAGACCAGCUAUCCCGUAACGGUGCAGAUCGUUAGCCGCGGACCAGAUGACAGAAUUUUCACCAAUCGACCCUAUCCCAUGUGGACAGUCAUUGACAUCUGGACCCGACCAUACACGGUCAUCCAGACGCUUCAGUCCGUCGAUGUCGCCCAAUACGGAGCCACCGACGUCACUUACGUCAUGGAGCAGGCGACUAGUGACGGUGGAAGCAGUUUUGCUGUUGACGCAUUAAGUGGAGAUGUCUACGUAACGGGCAGACACCAAUUCAUCAACAAUUCUCUCUACAGCCUCCUAAUCAGCGCUAGAAGUUCAGCAGCGAAAGUCGCAGCGUCAGCAUCCUCCAUGCCAUCGCUGGCCUCCACGUUUGCUCAAGCUCUAAAUGUCCAAGUUGGAAUAAGGAAUCCUCAAUUCUUCGAGAGCCCCUACAACAUCACCUUUCUAGAAAGCUCUACUCCAGACUCUGUAAUCGGGAAGAUAGAAGCCAAAUCAUUUCAGAACCUGCCCCUCACAAUCUCCAUAUCUCCCUCUCUCACUGACCAUCCCAUCUUCUCAUUUAACCCGGCCACCAAUGAAGUCAGACUGAAGAAAAGUUUGUCCUACCUAACUGACGUGAGGGGGUAUUUCUUUACUGCUACAGCCUCCGAACAGUACACUAACUUUGGGGCUAUCACUCAGGUGGCCUUCACCUUGUUACCGGUAAACCACGCACCCGAGUUCGCGGUCGCACACUACGCGAGGUACGACGUACUAGAGAGCACCGCGGUUGGGACAGAGCUACUGAAAAUGUCUGUGAGGGAUUAUGAUCCUGGAGCUCUGGGUUUUCUGACAUUCAACUGUUCCGUGGAUACAUUCCGGGCCGAGAUGGCACCAGAUGGAAUGGUGUCGCUUAAAAUCAAUAAGCCGUUGGAUUUCGAGUCGAUAAUUGGGCAGAGGUACACGUUGCAAGUGGUAGCGGUCGACGGUGGAGUGCCCGCGUUGACCGGCUCCACUGAAGUUCAAAUCUGGGUGACAAACACGAACAACAAAGCCCCGGUUUUCGAGCCAGCCAAUCAGCAAGUGACGAUCCAAGAGGGCGCGGCUACUGGUUUGGUGGUCUACUACGUGCAAGCUUAUGACCCCGACGGCGACGAUUUGACCUUUAACCUUAUCGGAGGUAAAAUUGUGGUAUUUGAUGGUUUGAUGUGUAUUCAAUCGCAAGUUUCACUCCCAACUUCCUAUUUCAAUCUGGAUCCAUCCAGUGGGAAGAUAACAUUGAGUAACGACAUCGUUCCUGGAAACAACGACAUUGCCAGUUUCAUCUUAACAAUUUCAAUAACGGAUACAGGCAGUUGCUGUCAGACGCCCGGUCAGACGCACACAGUGACAGGAACGGUGGUGGUCAAUGUCUUUAGGGUUAACACGCAACCGACAUUCAAAGAAUGCAAAAUUUACCAGCCUACCGUUGUCGAAGAUGCUUCCGCCGAUCUCAACACCAGCAUCCUGAAUAUGACAGCUACGGACAACGACUCAGGCCCUAAUGGAGAGUUGGAGUACAGGAUAUUCGGCGAAGAGAAGAAUUUUUUCUUAGUCAGAGAGAGUAAGACGCUGCCGAAAACGGCUGAAUUAUAUUUACAACAGAGCAUAUCUCGAUCAAGUACAAACCUCUACAAGUUUAAUGAUACUUUCAAGUUACCUGUUGUCGUGAAAGUACAAGACAAGGGAAGUCCUCGCUUGUCUACCAACUGUUUCUUGUUCGUAACGAUUCAAACAAUCAAUAAAAAGGCACCAGUCUUUGACUACCAAGAACAGAACGCUUACUACUACACACCCCUAUCUCAGCCCGGAGACAACAUUCUCAGAGUGUUUGCUUUCGACGAGGACUUUGGUCUGAAUGGAGAAAUUUAUUAUUAUUUCGAUUCAACCUACACUGGCCUCAACUCCAACCUUUGCGGUAAUUCUGUUUUUGUCGAUAGGAACUCAGGCUGGAUAACUUGGUCCGGUGGUGAUCUUUCUCCUAAGAUCAUCACAUGCUCGGUGAUUGCCUCCGACAAAGGAAGGCCACCUUUGACAUCUCAGCCGACAUUUAUUACGAUUGAACUCUUCGCCAGCAACGACUUCAUCCCCCCAAAAUGGGACAAACUGAAUGGAGUCGAGAUCGAUAAUGCUUUUUUUGAAGUGCCGGAAAACACAGCAGCCAAUCAGCCGUUCUUAUCUCUGAAAGCCACAUUGUAUAACGACACAACCAUCGAUUACUUCAUUCCGACCGAGAGUAUCUCGGUACUGAAUGGAGACCACAGUUUUGAUAUCAGGAAGAACUCAACUUGGAUGAGCAUCAUUGUAGCGACUCCACUGAAGGAAAGCAAUCAAAUGCCAUUCUAUUACCUUAGAUGCAGAGCCUUCAUAAUGUCAAAGAGAGACGCCACUCAAAAAAUAGUAACCAUAGCCCGACUGAAGGUCAACAUAAAGGACGUGAACAACCAGGCUCCCAGAUUUUUAGGCAUGGACAGCAAUGGGGGGUAUCCGGCUUCAGUUACGCAAUACAGCAAAAACGGAGAUUUUGUCGCCUUCGUUACUGCAAUCGACUCCGACAAAGACUGGCCAAAUAAUAAGAUUACAUACAGUCUCAUGAACACAGCUGACAGUUCGUUGUUCAGCAUCGACUCCUUAACGGGCGAGAUCAAAGUGAAUUCAUUUCAAACAGGCGGUCAACCAAUCUUCAACCCAGACAUAAAAAAAGUCUACACGCUGACUGUCAUCGCAACCGACGGAGCGCCAUCUACCAUCAACGGCCCUCUUCCAAACAAUGCCACGGCGCAAGUUCAAAUAGUUGUGAACGGCGGAAAAGCAGACAGUCCUUACUUCAGUCAAAAUUUCUCCACCAGCCUGUCGGAAAGUGUGACGAGAAAUAGCACUGUGCUACUUGCUACUGUGGCGCCGAGUACUACCCCGCUCAACAAAGUCUACACGCCUCAGUACAACAUCCAAGGUGGGAACGUAGGUCGCAAGUUCGCCGUUGACAACAACACUGGCAGGAUUUAUACAGUCGGAGAAUUGGACGCCAUGAAGAUUACCUACGUCAGCGUCACCCUGUUGAGCGACCAAAACCGGAGACCCCCCACGUUCAGCGCCGCUGAGUACCUCUACUCGAAAAAUGACGUCAUCGAGAAAGAUUCUCAAUCCGUUAAUAAAGUUAUUGCUCAGAUACAAGCUACCAGCCCCAGCAACAACCAGCCAAUAACCUACUCCUCUUCCCAACCGGACAACUUCGUCGUCUCGAGUAGCGGUCAGGUGAGCAUCGUCAGACCGCUGAGUCGCGAUCCACCAAACGGAUUCUCACCCCAGCAGGUCAAUGUCAUUGCGGACAACGGGCUGACCAGGGGCUACAGUGUGGUCACUCUUCCAUUGAUUGACAUCAAUGAUAACACGCCCCUUUUUGAUCUCUGCUGCGUCGCUGGGAGGGUGAAUGAAAAGAUGCCCUCUAAUACCUCGGUCAUGACUCUGAAGGCCAAUGACGCAGAUAGUGGACGAAAUGCCGAAGUUGAUUUCUCACUAGUUGAUCCAUCCGAUUACUUCUCCGUCCAGCCAGACGGUCUGAUCAUGACGAGGGUUUCAUUGACAAUGGAUAAACAGAAGCACACGUUGAAAGUCAGAGUCACGGAUCGAGGAGCACCUUCACCUGAAACAUUCGUAGACAUCUACGUGAAUGAAGUUAGCGACUUCGUCCCAUCCUUCCCAUUACAAAGUUAUCAGGAUACUAUUCCUGAGAAACUCCCGGUAGGAUCCCUCGCCACCUCCGUCAGCGUAACAGACCGGGAUAUGUUGGAUACUGUAUCAUACACUUUGAUGGAUAAACCCGGAUCACAGGACGCCGCAUUUUUCUAUGUUGAUUCCUUGCAGGUGUUUGAUGGCCUCUAUAGCGAGAAUAACGCUAAAAGAUACAGUUCAGCUUCUAUCAAAAUUUCAAAAAUCAUUGACUUUGAUUCCAACCGCAAAUCCACAUAUUCUUUCAUUCUGUCUGCGCAAGAUUCUGCCCAGAGAAGCACCACGACUCAAGUUACAAUAGCAGUAAGAGACAUCAACGAUCAUGCUCCGGCAUUCCUUCCCCAGUCAAAAAAUGUCUCCAUCAGUGAACUGGACCCCGUCGGAAAAAGUGUGGCCACGUUUGCUGCCACUGACGCUGAUAGUGGAGAUAAUGCUAAAUACUCGAUCGAUUACGAGAACACAGAUCCCAAGUUCAACUUUAAGAUCGAUAGCUUAACGGGUGCGGUCACUAUAAGGUCAAGGUUGGAUUAUGAAUGGAGGUCGUCCAUGAAGGUCAACAUACUUGCUGUUGAUCUAGGAACUCCAGCGCAGACGGGAACUGCAACGAUGUUCGUGACAGUGACGAACGAGGUCGACAGCCCACCGAUCAUCAAAUUCAACAGCAGCCCAUAUAGCAACAGCAACAAUAUCCAGGACGCUCCCAUUGUGGUCAGGAGCAAUCUACAACGAUCCCAACCAGUCUCCUGUCUGAAUGCCAUAGAUCCAGAUAGCAACAACAUCAACGGUUUGAACUUUGACCUAGUCUGCACCAACCCAAACCAACGUUGUUCCGACUUUACUAUCGGCAAUGAUGGUUGUUUGAGAGCAAACAGGGACGGAUACAGCAGGUCCAACCUGGGGUUCGAUUCGUACAACAUUCCUGUCAAAGUCACAAAAAGUGGCACUCAGUCCACCACACAAGAUGUCAAAUUACUAAUCGAAGGAACGGAUUCAGUGCAGCCGACGAACGGCGCGAAACAUGCAGACGUGAUGAAUUUCGUCGGAGAGAAUGGCGCAUUUUCAUCGAUCCCACUCGGAAACGUCUUCAUAUCCGAUCCCGACGCCUGGGAUAUCAAUAAGGAUACAUUCACUAUACAGAAUCCCAAUACAUAUUUCAGGUUGUUGGGGUAA